UGGUUCCGGUAGCAAACAUGGCGUCGUAAACAAAAACGGUUUAUGUUAACGCCUGCGCUAGCUUCGAGAGCUAACGCUAAUAAACUGCGUUAUUUAGCGAUUAAAACAGAAUACGAGCUCGUCUUUCGAGCUGUUUUCAACCUGAACCGAUGGAGACGUUUAUUUAAUUGUUAGUAUUUAAUGGCUGUAAAAGACUCCAUUACCCGUGAGCCUCGGGGGGUUAUUUAUGUCACGGGUUUAACCUGCCGUCACUGUGGGUGUGAUUCUGUUCAUUAAAGAAGUGCUGACGGUUGCUGGGCUGCAUUCAGCUGGCGGCCCGUUCCUGUCGGCACUCGGAGUUACAGCUAAAGUUCUGAUGGGACCCGAACUCAACACCAGCUGAAACCGGACUGUUAGCUUCACCGUCAACAUGCAGAUGACCUUUGAGGCCUCGAGCAGCGUGACCCUGCUGUUCGACGUCUGGAACGUUCACGGCCCUGCAGGCAUGGUGCUGUCGGUGUUUGUCGUCCUGCUGCUGACCGUCGUCUUUGAAAUCCUCAAAGUGUGGCGGGUUUGGCUGAGCAGCAGCUCCCGGCUGGCCCAGCGUCCGUCGGCGUACGCCGCCGCGGCGUUUGGCCGCACGGAGAGCUGCUCCGCGCUGGACGCCUCCGAGUCCUCGCUCGCCCCCACAGAGACCCGGCCGCCGAGCAGGAACAGCUGGCUGCUGCACGUCAUCCAGACGUGCCUCCACGUCCUGCAGGUGACGCUGGGCUACAUGCUGAUGCUCUGCGUCAUGUCCUACAACGUCUGGAUCUUCCUGGGCGUCGUCCUCGGCUCCGCCCUCGGCUAUUACGUCGCCUUCCCUCUGCUGGGCCAGAUGUCUCUGUACGGCCGGGUCCGGCACUGAACAGGCGAUGAGAAGUCACUUUCUUUGGACUCCACUGCAUCAUUACAGAGAGCUGCCUCACAAUGACUUGCACAAAACUCACCUGUACCUGGGAACCAGAACCGCAGGAGUCGACCAGGAAGUGUUUAUCAGGCCAGAGGGGACGAGAGCACAAAUAAUGUGGUUUGUCUGGCUGCAGGGCUAAUGGGCUGUUAUGUUAAAACGUAUCAUGUCAGGAGUUGUGUGUAGAAAAAAACAGCUUCUGCUCUCUGCCUUCCUGUUUUGGCAAUAAAAGCUAAUGUCUGCAACUUUAUAGUUGGCGCUAUGGUUGUCCAAACUUCUGCCCUGAAGGCCAAAACUGUGAAAUUUAAACAACAUGCAGGCCACUUUUUCACUAAAUUAAAAAUGCAAAAAGUAAUCAUGUUAUUGUUCUACCUGCUUGACAACAAACUAAAUUUACAUCCAAAACACAAAUGACCUUUGGGCUGUUGCCUUAUUAAAAGAAAAACAAUUUCAAAAUUUUUUUGGGGUCAUUAAUUGUUUUCUAUUCCAUUGGCCAAAUAGUUGCCAUUUUUCACUUGUGGCCAGGGCCCAAACAAAAUCAUUUCAAGGGUCACAAAUGGCAACCGGGCCACACUUUGGACACCCAUGCGCUAUAGUAACACUAUCAGAAAUCUGCCUCUUUCAACAGAUUGUUUACAAAGCAGAUACUUUUUGUGUGUUGCAUAUUUUCAGUAAACUCAAAUGAAAUGUCCUGCUAAUUGAGGAAACAAAUCAUUUGAUUUUUAGUCUGGAAACUCCUCUGAGUCAUUUUGGCCAUCAGCAGUCACAUGCUCCAUUUUGUUUUUCCUUUUUUGUCCGUCAGAAACUGCUGUUGCCUUGUAGCCGUUUGGUUUGGCUUGAAAUGGAAAACUUUUUACGACCCAUAUCUUAAAAGCUUGUGAUCAGUGUUUGUGAUUCUGUAUUUAAGGUUUUGUUUGAAUCAAAAAUAAAGAUUAAAGCUGCUGAA